AGACUGGGAGUAUUCCUUAUCUCUGCUCUGGAAAAUCUCUGUUUGUGCUACAAUCUUGCUUGCUCUUUAGAUCAGAUUCCUGAAAUCCAGAGUUCUCACGCACCAAGUUGGCAUCACGUCCCUGUAUUCCUGGGAGUUGAAUCGGGCAGAACUCAGAGCAAAAGCUGGAAGAUAAGAUCGGCUUUCAUUUUCUCCCCUGCUUUGAUUCAUUGGCAGAAGAAACAAGGUUGUCCAUUGGCCUGAGUCCUGGCGUAGUCCAAGGCGACAGUGGAGGGAUGGAGUUGUGGGAAUCCACUGGGUUGCAGAGGACUCUUUGGGAAUCCAUCAGGGCAAAGAAGCUCCUGCUCAUCUACUUAUUAGUUACAGGUCAGAUCCUGGGAUCUCUCGCUCAGGAGCCAGAUGUGGUACACCAUGGUUGUACAGAGGGAGACUGUUAUCCUGCCACAGGAAACCUUCUCAUUGGUCGUGCCCAAAGCCUCAGCGCCACAUCCACCUGUGGGAUGGAAGGGCCUCAGGAGUACUGUAUUGUCAGUCAUUUACAGGACUCAGAGAAAUGCUUCUUCUGUGACUCCCGUGUACCCUACCGAAAAGAGAGCCACCAAAUUGAGAAUGUCAUUUAUCUGACAGAAGAAGAUGAAGAGAAGACCUGGUGGCAAUCCGAGAAUGGAGUAGAAUUAGUGAGCAUUCGCCUGGAUCUAGAAGCAGAAUUCCACUUCACUCAUCUCAUUAUGAAAUUUAAGACAUUCCGCCCUGCGGCCAUGCUGAUAGAGAGGUCUGCUGAUUAUGGACGUACAUGGAAGGUGUAUCGUUAUUUCUCAUACAACUGCACCAAGAUGUUCCCUGGGGUCCCCAUCCAUGCACUCCAGAAGAUUGACAAUAUCAUUUGUGACCAGCGCUAUUCAGACAUUGAGCCAUCCAGUGACGGAGAGGUGAUUUUUAAAGUACUUGACCCUGCCAUUCCAGUGGAGGAUCCAUAUAGUGUAGAGAUUCAAGAACUUCUUCAGAUUACCAACCUGAGGAUUAAUUUCACCAAACUCCAUACGCUUGGAGAUAACCUGUUGGACCAGAGGCCAGAAGUUCUCCAGAAGUAUUAUUACUCUGUGUAUGAGCUGGUGGUGAGGGGAAGUUGCUUCUGCUAUGGCCACGCCUCAGAAUGCUCCCCUGUGGAAGGAAUUGAAGCAGGAGUGGAAGGGAUGAUUCAUGGAAGAUGUAUAUGUAAACAUCAUACUAAGGGCCUAAACUGCGAGCAAUGCCAAGACUUUUACCAUGAUCUCCCAUGGAGACCCGCAGAAGCCAACGACCCUCACACCUGCAAACCGUGCAACUGUAACAAUCACUCGAGGAAGUGUCACUUUGAUAUGGCUGUGUAUCUGGCUACUGGGAAGGUUAGCGGGGGUGUAUGUGAUGACUGUCAACACAACACCAUGGGACGCAACUGUGACCUCUGCAAGUCCUUCUAUUACCAGGACCCCCGGGCAGACAUCCGAGCAGACAAUGCCUGUAUCCCUUGUGACUGUGACCCUGUAGGGUCUUUGGAUGGUGGAGUCUGCGACAGUCACACCAACGUCAACUUGGGCAUGAUUGCCGGGCAAUGUCGGUGCAAAGAGAACGUGAAGGGAGAACGUUGUGACAGCUGCAAAGUGAACUUCUAUGGGCUGAGCAUGAACGAUCCAGUUGGGUGCCAGUCCUGUAGAUGUGACCCACGUGGGAUUGUUGCAGGGAACACUCCAUGUGACCAGAUUAGCGGUGACUGUUACUGUAAGCGCUUUGUGACUGGUCGCUUCUGUAACCAGUGCCUGUUGGAGUAUUGGGGUCUCAGCAAUGAUAUCACUGGAUGCCGUCCUUGUGACUGUGAUUUUGGAGGAGCCUAUAACAACAAGUGCUCCUUGGAAGAUGGACAGUGUGACUGUCGCCCCAACAUAAUUGGCCGCCAAUGUGGAGAUGUGCAGCCAGGGUACUUCUGCAUGCCUCUGGACUACUAUACGUAUGAAGCCGAGAAUGCCAAGGGACUCUCCCCAACAGACCCCCAGUUACCUGGUUCUCCCAAACCUGAGGCUCAGACUGAUUGCUUGGAGUAUUACAAUGGUAUCCAGAAUGGCAAGAAAGUGAGGUUGCGACGACAAAGGAGAAUGGCCCGUGUGCUGCAUCAGAGGGCUUCCCAACGCCGUGCACGGCAACUCCAGCAGAAGCCAGACGUAGAGGUAAUCCGACGUGAGCACAAUCCAGAUCACAUGGUCACUUGGACAGGCCAAGGAUUUGCUCGAGUCCGAGAUGGAGCUGGCCUCUUGUUCCAGAUUGACAAUAUCCCUUAUCCGAUGGAUUAUGACAUCAUGAUCCGUUAUGAGCCAGAGUCCGCCGAGGACUGGGAAGCCACUGUCAGCGUGACAUCACGGAUAUUACCCAUGAGCCCCCGUUGUGGCAACGUAUUGCCCUCUGAGCAGAUAUACAAGGAAAAACUGCCGCACACCGAAAGGUACUUGGUCCUCCCAAAACCCUUCUGCUUUGAAAGCAACAACCAGUAUGAAAUCAGUAUCCGAUUCCAGCGCUGGGGAGCAGCCAACCGUCACCCUGCAGCUUUCAUUCUCAUUGACUCGCUGGUGCUUCUGCCCAAGGUCUAUGAACUCCCAGGCUUCCAUGGAAAUGACCCGGUGUCAGUGCAUCACCGGGAAGAGAUGGAACGGUACAUGUGUCUGGAUUCCUUUAAGAUGGCCACCAUGCCCGACCUGGCAGAAAUGUGCAUCAAACUUCUCUGCAGCAUCUCUGCCAUCAUCCACGAUGGAGCUCUCCCCUGCCUGUGUGACCUGCAGGGUUCCCUCAGUGCCGUCUGUGACAAGAUAGGAGGGCAGUGCAAGUGUAAGCCUAAUGUAAUUGGCCAGAGAUGUGACCAGUGCGCUCCAGGGACCUAUGGAUUCGGCCCAUAUGGAUGCAGCAAAUGCGACUGCCACCCACAAGGUUCCACCUCCAGGUUAUGCAAUUCCUUCACAGGGCAGUGCCAAUGUCAGAGCAACGUAGCCGGGAGACAGUGUGACCAGUGCUUGCCAAGGCAGUGGGGUUAUCCUCAAUGUAGGCCAUGCCAGUGUAACGGCCAUUCUGAUGAGUGUGACCCCAAGACUGGGGCCUGUAUUAGAUGCCGAGAUUUCACUACUGGACGCCACUGUGACAAAUGUUUGGAUGGAUACUAUGGGGACCCCAUACUGGGCUCUGGUCAACAAUGCCGACCCUGUCCUUGCCCAGGUUAUCCUGGUAGUCAGAAUUACCAUGGAAGCUCCUGCUACGCCGACAAGGAUUCCCAUCAUAUUGUGUGCCUCUGUGCGCCUGGAUAUACAGGGACACGCUGUGACAGCUGCUCUCCCGGUUACUUUGGGAAUCCUGAACAGGAAGGCGGGGAGUGCCGGCCGUGCCAGUGCAACAACAACAUCGACCCAACUGACCCCACGUCAUGUGACUCUCAUAGCGGCAUGUGCAUGAAGUGCCUCUACAACACAGAUGGAGCUCACUGUGAAGAGUGUAAAGCAGGUUUCUUUGGCAGCGCCGUCCAACGAAACUGUCGCCGAUGUACGUGCAAUGAGCAGGGCACCCUACAAUCCCACUGCAUCAGAGAUCUCUGCUAUUGUGAUCGGGUGACCGGGCACUGCCCCUGCAGAGCCAACGUGCUGGGCAAGAGUUGCGACCAAUGUGUCCCUAACUUCUGGAACCUUGGGGGGAACCUUGGUUGUGAGCCCUGUGCUUGUGACCCGGCCCACUCCCUCCGACAGGACUGCAAUGUGUUCACAGGACAAUGUCACUGCCAACCCGGUUUUGGGGGGAGAGUCUGCUCACACUGCCAAGAGAAUUACUGGGGCGACCCACAAAUAAAAUGUGAAGUAUGCAACUGUGAUGAAUACGGGUCAGAGACAGCGCAGUGCGACCACCUCACUGGGAAGUGUUUCUGUCGGAAAGGUUUCACGGGACGGAGAUGUGAUCAGUGCGCCAGGGGCUUUCAGAACAACUAUCCCUUGUGCUUGCCCUGCCACGAGUGUUUUGCCCAAUGGGACAUGAUUAUCUCUCAGCUCCGGGAUAAGCUCCGGGGCAUUCAGCAGAAACUGUCAGACCUCCAGGAGGGAGACGUAGCCCCAGAGAUCAGUCACCUUCAGAUUAGGGAGUUGGAGAACAAGCUGAGAACCAUUAAAGAGCUCAUUGAAGAUGGUGGUGUUGAGGGAAUGAAAAUGUUGGAGCAAAUGAACAAACUAGUAAACAAAAUAAGGACUGAAGUGGCUCAGCUCUCAUAUCAGCUGCACACCCAGGAAAAGCAAAUGAAUGGCACAGAGGCCAAGGACAGAAGACAGAGGGGAAAGCUGGACAAACUGACAAUAGAUAUUACUAUUGUGAACGAGACCGUGUAUGAUCUGAAAGUGCAAAUUGAGGCCAUAGUAGCGGCAGAAUUCAAUGAAUCGUACAACAGUAUUGUGAAGUCGUAUUUAGAAUCCACAGAAGCAGAGAAGAUGGCCAAUGGCUCCGUUUAUGGUCCGGGAAGCCCAGUUUUCCAGUCCCAGCAAACACGGGAAGAAACAGAGCGGCUUCUGAAGGAAAAAUUCGACACCUACAAAAGGAACAUGACGGCUCAGAGGAGCUCAUUGAAGGAGCUGCAAAAGAAGGUUCAGAGACUCAAUGUUUCUAAAAUCAAUGAGAAGAUUUGUGGGGCCCCCGGAGACCAGGAAUGUAAGGACUCACCAUGUGGGGGAGCAAAUUGUAGAGAUGAAGAUGGAAAGAGAAAAUGUGGAGGAGAGAACUGUAACGGAGCUCUGCCAAUUUCUACAAAGGCCCUUAUCACAGCACAGAACAUUACCCAGGAGCUAGAAAACAUGGGCAACAGGCUGAAAGACAUUGCUCAGAAGAUACAAGAUAUCCAGGGAAUUGCUGAAGAGGCCAAGGUCCAGACAGAGGGCACACUGGCCAACGCCAAAGAAUCCAAGCGCCGUAUGGAGGAUUCAACAGAAAAGCUGCGGGAAUUCAUUAAGCAGAUUAAAGAUUUUCUAACUGAAGAGGGUGCUGAACCAGAAAGCAUUGAGUUAGUGGCUCGACAAGUCUUGAACAUCUCUCUGCCGGCCGGCCCUGGGGACAUUACUGCACUGGUGAAUGAGAUCAAAGAAAGUAUUGGAAAUCUUAGCUGCACCGAUGAGCUCCUGACCAACACCUCUGAAAUCUUGGCCACCGCCAAAAACCUGCAAAAACAAGCCAAGGAGGCACAGGCCAAGGCGGAGGCUGUGAGUGCAAAUAUAUCUGAUGCCCAGGGACUGCUCCAGGAGGCAGAGACCAAAGCAAAAUCUGCAGAGAAGGCAUUAAAAAAGGCCAAGCAGAGCAUUAAAGAUGUGAAAAGCAAAGUGGAACAGACCAUGAAGACCCUGACUGAAGUUGAGCGGACAGAGAUGGACAUUAUGGAACGAAUAGGAAACCUCUCUGAGAAAUCUGAAGACUUAAUGGAUAAGACAGAGUCCAACAGGCAAAUUGCCAGCAGUGCAAAGGAAAGAGCCAACUUGGUCCUGUCCUCCACUGGAGAGCUGAGGAAGGAAAUGGAUGAUGUUAAAAAGAAGUACGAAGAUCUGAAAGGGAAGGUUGGGGGUUUAAACAGCUCCUCCGGCACCGCCAUGGACAGGAUAGAAAAGAUAAAGAAGGAAGCUCAGGCACUGUACAAAAAAGCAUCAGACGCCAAGAAGAACCUUACAGAACUUGAAGAGAAAUUCAGGGCCAAUGAAGCCAACAUGACGGCACAGAGCCUUGAGAUCCAGAGACUGGAGAAUCAGACAAUGGAAUUGCUAAAUGACAUUCGAGAGAAGUCAUAUAUAUAUUCUACCUGCUAAUCCCACAGCACUGCCUGUUUCUUCCGAUCGGGAUGAAGACUAUUUAGCUAAUGUGUAUUAAUAUAAAUAAAAAGCUACUUAGAAAAGUCUUUUUUCUAGGGUCAUUAAAGGGCAACUAUAUCUUUUUAUUUAUUUGAUUAUUCUAUUUGCCUGAUGGAAAUAUUCAGAAAUGAGUAUAUAAUUAGUCUCUAAUAAUGUAUUCCAAAAAACGUUCCUAUAAGAGUAGACCCAGUUAUAGCAGCAAAGGGAGGACCAACUGCUGAUUGGUUCCUGUCCUACAGUGCAGUGAGCUGAGAGCCGCCUGCUCCUCUGUACAGCCUGGGAAUUCAGGGAGCAGGAAGUGGAAGAAAAGGGAGGGACUUGUAGGGAUUUUUGUAGAAAUAUUCAAUAAAUCAGCCUGAAACACUA